GUGGAGAGCACGUGGGUCUUGGCCCCAUACCAUCUGGCCUACAGGUGCAGCCAACAUGGAGGAGCCCCAAGGGGCGAUGCGGAUCCUGGUGACGGGGGGCUCAGGGCUGGUGGGCAGAGCCAUCCAGAAGGUGGUGGCAGAGGGGGCCCGACUGCCCGGAGAGGACUGGGUGUUCGUCUCCUCCAAGGACGCCGACCUCGCGGAUGCAGCCCAGACCAGGGCCCUGUUUGAGAAGGUCCGGCCUACACAUGUCAUCCAUCUUGCUGCAAUGGUGGGGGGCCUCUUCCGAAAUAUCAAGUACAACCUCAACUUCUGGAGAAUGAACAUGCACAUCAAUGACAAUGUCCUGCACGCAGCCUUUGAGGUGGGUGUGCGCAAGGUGGUGUCAUGCCUGUCCACCUGCAUCUUCCCAGACAAGACCACCUAUCCUAUCGAUGAGACUAUGAUACACAAUGGGCCUCCGCACAGCAGCAAUUUCGGCUACUCCUAUGCCAAGAGGAUGAUCGACGUGCAGAACAGGGCCUACUUCCUGCAGCACGGCUGCACCUUUACGGCUGUCAUCCCCACCAAUGUCUUCGGGCCCCACGACAACUUCAACAUUGAGGACGGCCACGUGUUGCCAGGCCUCAUCCACAAGGUGCACCUGGCCAAGAGCAGCGGCUCGGCCCUGACGGUGUGGGGCUCGGGGAAGCCCCGGAGGCAGUUCAUCUACUCACUGGACCUGGCCCGGCUCUUUAUUUGGGUCCUGCGGGAAUACAAUGAGGUGGAACCCAUCAUCCUGUCAGUGGGUGAGGAGGAUGAGGUUUCCAUCCGGGAAGCAGCUGAGGCCGUGGUGGAGGCCAUGGACUUCCAUGGGGAAGUCACUUUCGAUGUCACUAAGUCUGAUGGACAGUUUAAGAAGACAGCCAGUAACAGCAAGCUGCGGUCCUAUCUGCCCGACUUCCGGUUCACUCCCUUCAAGCAGGCUGUGCGAGAGACCUGUGCCUGGUUCACUGACAACUACGAGCUGGCCCGGAAGUGAGGGUGAAUGGCAUCUCCUCCCAGACCGACUCUGCUGGGACACAGGGCCCACCACCUUUUCCAGGGCAAUUGACCAGAGGUGUCCCGUCUAUGUCCCUAUCUGUCCUCAGGGAAAUGAAGGGCCCACCUGGCAACCGAGGCCCGAGGGCAGCAUCUUCAACCCU